AGAACACCCACCAAGCGAACAGCUGGCCCUGUUCUUAAUACUUUCCUAGAGUCACCUUCCAAAUUGCUAGACACGCCUAUAAAAAAUUUAUUGGAUACACCCAUCAAGACGCAGUAUGAUUUCCCGUCAUGCAGAUGCGUAGGUUUGGCCAGAAGGGUAAAGCUAUUAGGAUCGAAAAAGUCGUCUAUACUGGUAAAGAAGGCAAAAGCUCGCAGGGGUGUCCAGUGGCUAAAUGGGUGAUCCGCAGAAGCUCCAGCGAGGAGCAGCUGCUGUGCCUGGUGCGGGAGCGAGCCGGCCACUCGUGCGACGCGGCAGUGAUCGUCGUGCUCAUCCUGGUGUGGGAAGGCAUCCCGCGGGCGCUGGCUGACCGCCUGUACACGGAGCUCACCGAGUCGCUGGCCCAGCACGGUGCUCACACCAACCGCCGCUGUGCACUCAACGAGGAGAGAACGUGUGCCUGCCAAGGGCUGGACCCCGGGACCUGCGGCGCCUCCUUCUCCUUCGGCUGCUCCUGGAGCAUGUACUACAAUGGAUGUAAGUUUGCCAGAAGCAAGAUCCCAAGAAAAUUUAAGCUGCUUGGGGAUGACCCAAAAGAGGAGGAGAGGCUGGAGUCUAACUUACAGAAUCUGUCCACACUCUUGGCACCCAUUUAUAAGAAACUUGCACCUGACGCCUAUAAUAACCAGAUUGAGCAUGAGAACCGAGCCCUGGAGUGCCGGCUGGGUCUGAAGGAAGGCCGUCCGUUCUCGGGGGUCACUGCAUGCCUGGACUUUUGUGCCCAUGCCCACAGAGACCUACACAACAUGCAAAAUGGCAGCACGCUGGUGUGCACACUGACCAGAGAGGACAACCGGGGCGUCGGGGGCAAGCCGGGUGACGAGCAGCUGCACGUGCUGCCUCUGUACAAGAUCUCAGAUGUGGAUGAGUUCGGGAGUGCCACGGCCCAGGAGGAGAAGCAGCGCAGCGGGGCCAUCGAGGUGCUGAGCUCCUUCCGGCGCAAGGUCCGGCGGCUGGCCGAGCCCGUGAAGACGUGCCGCCAGAGGAAGCUGGAGGCCAGGAGAGCUGCGGCCGAGAAGCUGUCGGCCCUGGAGAACAGCUCAAGAGCCAGUGACAAGGACAAGGCGGCCGCUGCCCGGGCCAAGCCGAGCGAUAGUGCCGCCCAGGCGAAGCAGCUGGCAGAACUGCUGCGGCUCCCAGGACCCGGCGUGCCGCACCCCGCGCACCCCGCGCAGCCUGAGGUCACCUCCUACUCCAACAUGUACCUGCGACGGCCGCCCCCGGCCGGCCCCUACCCGGGCGCACCGCCCGCCUCGGACCCCGGCCACCUCUACCCCGGCGCCAGCCCCACGGCGGGCUCCUACUUGAACACUUCCGGCCCGCUGAGCCCCUACCCCGGGCUCUUGCAGCCCGGCCCCCAGUACCCCGCCUUCCCGUGCAACGGGGGCCUCCCGGGGGACGCCUGCGGGCCCUACGCCGGUGCCUACUCGCCGCCCGCGCCGCCCACCGAGCUCUACGGCUACCCCGGCCAGGACGCGCUGCCCAAGCUGCACCUGCCGCCCUUCCACACGCUGUAUCAGGCGCGCCUGGCGGGCGCCCGCGGCUUCCUGGGCUGCCCUGCACCCCCCUUCCCCGCGCCCGCCGACGCGCCCCCGCCGCCCCCGCGCGCGCCGCCCGCGCCGGACGCCAAGGCCGACGACGCGGACGUGUGGUCCGACAGCGAGCAAUGCUUUCUGGAUGGCGACAUCGGCGGCGUGGCCGUGGCGCCCGCACACGGCUCCAUCCUCAUCGAGUGCGCCAAGCGCGAGCUGCACGCCACCACGCCGCUGCGCGAGCCCAACCGCCAGCGGCCCACGCGCAUCUCGCUGGUCUUCUACCAGCACAAGAGCAUGAACGAGCCCAAGCACGGGCUGGCGCUGUGGGAGGCGAAGAUGGCCGAGAAGGCGCGCGAGAAGGAGGAUGAGGCGGCGGGCACCGAGCCGGGCCGCGCACACGGCCGGAGGGCGCGCCGGGAGCCCCCCGACGGCCACGACCCCGCGCCGCCCGCCUACCUCCGCUUCGUGCAGGCUCUGGCCGCGCGCACGCUGGCCGCCACCACCGACUCCACCGUCACCACGGCGCCCUACGCCUUCACGCGCGUCACCGGGCCCUACAGCAGCUACAUCUGAGCCGGGGGUCCUCCCGAAUGGUGCUAAGAAAUCACGGUGUCUUGACAGUCCAGUUCAAUGCCUUUCCCCCGUCCCGAUGCUGUUCGUGUGGUCGAGGGGGCACGCCCCAGGCCCCCUUCCAACCAAGUGUGCGUCAUUACCUGUCCCUGCAGUGUACGUCAUCGCUGGGUCCUGCAGUGUUCGUCAUUGCCAGGUGAUGCAGUGUGCGUCAUCACCAGGUGCUGCAGUGUGCGUCAUUGCCCGUCCCUGCAGUGUGCGUCGUUGCCCCUCCAGCAGUGUACGUCAUUGCAGGUCCUGCAGUGUGCUUCAUUGCCCGUUCCUGCAGUGAGCGUCGUUGCCAGGUGCUGCAGUGAGCUUUCAUUGCCUGUCCCUGCAGUUGCAUCAUCGCCACGUGCUGCAGUGUGCGUCAUUGCAG